UAAAGGAAAAAGAAGCGAACUUGCAGCGCAGCCUUCAGUCAAUGAUUUUGAUUUGUUUUCUACUAGAAAAGAAAAGGAUUCAUAAUGGUUUUAAAAGUGGCCUCAAAUGGAAAUGAAAAGAUUAUGGCAUGGCACCACAAAAAAAUAAAAAUAAAAAGUUGGUAGAGACUAGAGAGAGAAGCAGCAACUGAGCAAGCCAAACGUUUGGUUGCUGUGAAAAACGUGGGGUAUUAUUUCCUUGUAUUUUCCCCAAUGGCAGCCACCGAGCAAAUGGGGUCUCAUUAUUGUUUCAGUGCCUUUCCCAUUGCAGUUGACUAAGUGGGUUCGUCUUGUGGUCAAUGUUUACUUGGAAAUUCAAGAGGCCAACCUCAUUUCAACUAUAAAAACGCAUAAACCAUUGAUUAAUGUGUUACUGCUCCACAGUGUGUGAUUGAUUGAAAUAGCUUUCUGCAAUUCAUCUUGGAGAGAGAGAGAUGGAGAAAGCGCAUAACAGACAGCGUGUUCUGCUUCAGCAUCUGUUGCCCAAUUCUUCUUUUUCCGCUGCUCCUCCUGAAACCCAUCAAUCUGCUGCCCUGUCUGCUUCAAUAUGUGCUGCUGGGGAUAGUGCUGCGUACCACAGAACAGCUGCUUUUGGAGACGAUGUAGUGAUUGUGGCAGCCUACCGUACUGCCAUUUGCAAAGCAAAGCGAGGAGGCUUUAAGGAUACUUCACCUGAUGAUUUACUGGCUCCUGUUUUAAAGGCACUAAUUGAGAGGACAAAUUUGAACCCAAGUGAAGUAGGGGAUAUAGUUGUUGGUACGGUUAUGGCACCUGGCUCACUUAGAGCAACUGAAUGCAGGAUGGCUGCAUUUUAUGCUGGUUUCCCUGAUACGGUUCCCAUCAGAACCGUCAACAGGCAAUGUUCAUCAGGCCUUCAGGCAGUUGCUGAUGUAGCUGCUUCUAUAAAAGCCGGAUUCUAUGAAAUUGGUGUUGCAGCUGGAUUGGAGUCCAUGUCAGUUGAUAAACUUGGCAGGAUGAACAAAAUUAACCCUAAAGUAGAUACCUUUGCACAAGCCCGUGACUGUCUUCUUCCCAUGGGUAUUACCUCUGAAAAUGUUGCACAGCGAUAUGGUGUGACACGGCAGGAGCAAGACAAAGCUGCUGUUGAAUCACAUAGCCGUGCUGCUGCAGCAACAGCAUCAGGCAAAUUCCAAGAUGAAAUUGUCCCUGUAUCUACUAAGAUUGUGGAUCCGAAAACAGGAGAGGAGAGGCCUGUUACAAUUUCUGUGGAUGAUGGGAUCCGGCCAAAUGCAAACAUGAAUGAUUUGGCAAAGCUGAAGCCUGCAUUUAAAGCAGAUGGGUCUACAACUGCAGGAAAUGCUAGCCAGGUGAGUGAUGGUGCUGGAGCAGUUCUCCUCAUGAAGAGAAGUUUAGCUAUGCAGAAGGGGCUUCCUAUUCUUGGUGUUUUCAGGGGUUUUGCUGCUGUUGGUGUUGACCCCGCUGUCAUGGGAAUAGGUCCAGCUGCUGCAAUUCCAGUUGCGGUGAAAUCUGCUGGUCUGGAGCUUGAUGAUAUUGAUCUAUUUGAGAUAAAUGAGGCAUUUGCAUCUCAAUAUGUAUAUUGUUGCAAGAAAUUGGAGCUUGAUCCUGAAAAAGUCAAUGUUAAUGGAGGCGCUAUUGCUCUAGGGCAUCCUUUAGGCGCUACAGGAGACUGGUUUGAUGGUCAUAAAGCAAAUCACUCAGAAGAUGGACGAAGAAAAUAAAAAAGUGAAGAGAGGACCUAGUCAAUGACUUCUUCAAAUGUUAUCAACCAUGAUAAUUCUUAGUAUACCUUAAUGGUGAAAUGUCUAGGAAGCUUCCUCUUUGGUCAAAAGAAUGUUUCUGAAUCAUUUCAAACUUAUCAACAUUCUUCAAGCUUCAUUUUGAUACACAAUAAAUCAAUGACCAUUUUUCACUAAUCAAUAUCAUGUGAAGUAUAGUAAGUGUAACUUUCCUCUGACUUAAACCACAUUUUUCUUUCCAUAUAUUCUUAUUGACUUGUGCUUUUUAGUUCUAACUUUUCCAGAGACAAGUUGGUAGUGCCAGAAAAUGUUGAUAAAAUAUGGGAAGUGGACGACCAACACCACGUACUGUCACCUACACAUCCCACAUCCCAUUUCAUUUUUGACAAGUGAUUUUACCUCAUUCCCCUGUAUGUUCUUUCUUGAGUUGGUCUUGGAUUUGCCUUCCGAUUUCACCAAUUCCCUCUCACCUACAGUUCUUUAUCAUUUUAUUUAAACACACACAGAGAGACAGAGACCACCCACAAACAAAAACACAUACACAUCACAUCACAACACACAAGAAGAGAGAGAGAGAGAGAGAGAGAGAGCAAAAUGGCAGCGAGGGCAAAUAUUGAAGGGGCAGAGAAGGGGCUGAUGAAGAUCAAGCAGAAGAACCCAGAUGGGAAAAACAAGAAAGAGGCAGAGAAAAUGGUGAAGUUGAAGCUGGACACAACAGAGAAAGUGGAGAUGAAGAAGAUCAUGGUCCUGGAAGAGCCACACCAACUCUCAUGGUUCAAGCAAAAAGCUGCAAGUGUAUUUCCCGCCAAGAGAAAAUCAGUGAAACGCAUGAUUUUUGAUCGUUUAGUAGUCUAAUUUGGCUCUGUGGUUUCUCACUCUUCUCCUUCCUCAUCAUCAGCGGUUGGAGUGGCCUCCAAACCCCACAAGCCUAAAACACCAAACACCACCACCACCACCAACACCAAAGAAGAACAAUUAAUCACAUACCCAUUACCCACCAAACCCGUUGUAAUACAUAUAAUUUAGCACCUUCUCUUUUGCUCUCUCUUUCCAAGUCCACUUAAUUCUUUGUUUUCGGCUUUUCGACUCUGUUUUUAAUUUAAUAGUUCAAGGUCUCUGCUUUUGAUAGUAUUUUGUGGCUACGGUCUGAUUGUUCUUGCUUUGCUUUUAGUAAAUGAUUCAAUGUCUCAA